AUGAAUGCCCCCCUCUAUCGCCGCCGCCGACCUGCCGUUGCGUGUAUCGAAUGUCGUCGACGCAAAGUGAAAUGUGAUCGUGCAUUGCCCUGUGGCCCAUGUGGCAAUGCCUCCCUGCUGUGUGGUUAUCGUAAUUCCAAUAAUGGAUUGACCCCGACCGAUCCCCGCGCUGGCCCGACGGCCACCGAUCUGUCUACCUCUACUACAUCCGAGGAGGAUGGUACUCAGAAUGGGGCUGUAUCUAGCUCUCCCAUCAACCUCACCUCGUCAAGCAGCGGUAGUGCCGGUCUACCACCUCUCUUCCCCUUCGCGUCAAGGUACACCUUCCCCGGGGAUAUGGGGAUGAACGAGAACGAGCCUGCGGACCUCCCCGGGCGCACAGUAUCCCACGCCAAGAGCUUGGGUUGUGGCAAGCAUUACAUCCAGUCGUCAUUUGGACAGUCAGAGCAUUGGAACUUUUUGCUGCACAGGUCGGACCAUGCGGACAUCCAAUCGCUCUGGGAGCAAUGCACCCAUUACGCCCGGAUCAUCAAGUCAGAGCGAUCCUUCAAGUAUUACACCCAGCUAGGCCCACCGAACAUCACGAACAAUCUGCUGCCCAAGUCGACCUGUGACCGCCUGGUCAUGCUCUACCUGCACACCUUCGAAUCAGUCUUUCGGGUGCUUCAUAUUCCGACCUUCAUGCAACAGUAUGAGCUGUACUGGAACAACCCGCAGGGUGCCAGCGGAGCUUUCCCAUCCACCGUCGCUCUUGUCCUGGCCAUCGGGGCUUGCUUCGUCUCGGAGGCUGACGCGGACGAGCUUCAGCUGUUGGCGCCCAAGUGGAUCGCUGGUGCGCAGUUUUGGCUCACCGAGAGCUUUGAAAAGUUUGGCAUUGAUCUGUCCGUGCUGCAGGUCUCCGCCUUGCUGCUGUUGGCGCGCCAAACAGUCCCUGACCCGUCCGAGCUAGUCUGGAUCUCAGGGGACUUUCCCCUGCGCAUCGCCGUCGGACUCGGCCUGCACAAGGAGGCGCGAAUCCAUUUCCCGGAGUUUUCGCCCCUUGAGAGCGAGAUGCGGAAGCGCCUGUGGGCUACCAUUCUGGAGAUGUCGAUACAGUCAUCUCUGGAUACAGGCAUGCCGCCGUCCAUCUCCAAUGAUGAUUUCGACAGCGAGCCGCCAUCCAACAUCGAUGAUGUCGAUGCCAGCAAUCUAUCCAUGGCGGCAGAUAUCGCAGAUGGCUUUACCCAAAGCACCAUUCAGCGGAUGCUGAUGCACACUAUGCCGGUGCGGCUGCAGAUCCUCCGUUAUUGCAAUGCCCUCAAAAAGGCUCCGGGCCAGGAUUACCAGUGGGUCAUGAAACUGGGUAUGCAGCUGGAUACCAUGUGCCAUUCUCAUACCGCGACGCUCCAGUCGUAUCAGAGAAAUACCAGCCCCGACACGCCGAAGCCCACUGAAUUCCAGAUUCACCUCCUGAACAUGUUGACUCGUCGUUUUCUCCUGGCGUUGCAUUCGCCGUUUGCGGUGGAAGCCAAAGCGAACCAGUCCUUCUACUUUAGUCGCAAAGUGCUCACCGAGAAUGCACUCGCUUGCCUCUCCCCUCUGCAGUUGGUCCCGCAGGCACCGUUCCCCGGGGGCUCCUUACCCGAGGACCAGCAGCACGAGCUCCUGAGGUUGAAGGUGCGUGGGGGUGACAUCAUUCGGCACAUGCUGUGCCAUGCCACAGCCAUUCUCAUCGUCGAACUGACCACUGAGUUGGAGGAAAAUGCCUUUCCAAUCAUGCACAGCCUUUCGCGUGACCUAUUCUUCCAUGCCAUCGAAGAGGAAAAUGCCUUUCCAAUCAUGCACAGCCUUUCGCGGGACCUAUUCUUCCAUGCCAUCGAAGAGUCGAUGGCUAUCUUCCGGCGACGAAUUCAGGCCGGGGAGACCAGUGUCGACAUCUUUGUCCUGUUCUCCUGUGCCAUGGCACAAGCCAAGGUGAUGAAAGCCGGACUGGCCCCCCAGCGACAAACCGUUGAACCUGUCAAAGAUAGUUUAAACUUCUGCUGUGAACUACUCAAAUUUCAAGCUCAAGUCAGCGCGGUCAGUUCUCUAGGAUUGACACAAGGUCUGCAAGUAGCAUUGGAGAGUGAUCUUGGGGCUUCAAACUUGUGGGAUAGCAUGGUAUGA